ACUACCUAGCGUGAUUUUUUGUUGUUGUUGUUUGUUUUAUUGAUUUUUAAGCAUCAUUUUGCAUCUAAACUGUUACAAGAAAAAUGUUAAUUGCAGAAGAUAUUUUUCAUUUUUAGUUUUUUAUUGAGCUUUCUUUUUAGACUAUAAUUAACAUGGAUUAUCCUCAAGCUUUUGUGUCUAUUGUAGUUUUUUGCAUAUAUAUUUUCGUCGGUGUGCCAGUUUGGUGGAAUACAACAAAAGUAUAUAGAGCAUCUUUACCUAAUGAAAAAAUUAACGUGUUGCAAAAUGCAUCUAUUAAAUUGCAUAUUCGUUUAAAUAUUCAGAGUAGUGUUUACGAAGAAUCCGAGCUUAAAGAGGUAGCCGCUAUCGUUUCGGCUGAAUCAAUUAACGAUCAAGUUAUAUGGAGUGUUAAUGUUGCUAUAGCGCAAACAAACGCUAGAGAAAAAUAUUGUGAACAAUACGAAAAUUCAUCUGAAUUAACAUACAAUAUUUUUAUUGAUCAGAACCAUUUAAACAAAAAAUUUAUAAAAAUAUAUUGCCAAACAACUUUAAGUGUUAUAAUAUCACUUUCCGAAAAAAUAUCUUCAUCAAAUUUGGGACAGAUAGUUCGUGAAACGAUAGACGAUCUUACUCGAAAUAGUUAUUUCCUAUCAAACAAAUCUUCGCUAAGCUACAAUAAUCCUAUGCCUCCUUCAUCAGGCUACCAUAUAACUUUUACUUUAGCUGUUUCUAAUCCUGCUGAUUUCUUGCCUUUUUGGGAUAUUGAAGUUUCCAUAAACAAUUAUUUGAAGCCAAUGCUUCAAAAAUUUAAUUUUCUCGGACCAUUCAAAGUUUCAUCUCAAAUUUUGUACUAUGUUGACCUUGGUGUAAAUCCAUUCGUCGGUAACGAUUCUUUUUAUUUUAGAGAAAGCAAGCUACCACAACUGAUUAAUCCUAUAGAGUCAAGAUUAGCAUCAUACGUCAAUACAGAUCCUAUCCUAAAUUUUGUUAUUUACGUGCCACCUAAAAAAUAUUCUCCUUUGCACAUCCGUAAGUCAAAAAACUCUAAAGUUGGUAAAAUCAGUUCCUUUUAUAGUCCGAGAUGGGGGGGAAUAGCUAUAUAUAAUCCAACUAAAGUUAACGAGCAAAUAAUUACACGAGAUUAUAUGGGAGUUUUUAUCGAGCAGUUUAAAUUAUUAGUAGGUAUUAAAUCAUAUUUUACCGAUAAUAAUGAGAUUUUUUCUCGAGUUAAUCUAUUAAUCGAGAAAACGUUUGAAAACAUACGUACUUGUUUAUCGACUAUAUCUUCGUUGUCAAAACUUCUUGAUAAAAUAGCAAAUAUUGUUAUAAAGGAUGAAAUUAAAGAAUUAGUUGAUGUAGCUGUUCUAAAUGUCGAGCGCAGUAUUUCUUUUUUACGUGUUGGAGAUAUUGAAAACGCUCAUUUAACUUCUAAAGAAGCUUUUCGUUGUUCAGAGAAAGCAUUUUAUGACUCUUCUUUGCUAGCACUGCUUUACUUUCCAGAUGAUCAAAAGUAUGCUAUAUAUGUCCCUCUAUUUUUGCCUAUUUCUUUGCCAGUAAUAAUGUCCUUUUUUCGAGCUGUAAAAUCAUUCUUCAAGUACCAAAAAAAAGAUGUAUAAAUAUAUAUAAAUCAAUAAAUAUGCUAAAGAUCUAUUUAAAAGUAUAAAUGCGGUAAUAGUUUCUUAUAUUGCGAGUUCAAUUUUUUUAUAAAUUUGAUGUAAGUUUUGAUAUGUUAAUUGCCAUGAGUUAAAUCUACUGACAAGACGCAUUUUAGUUUCGUUCUUUGCGAAUUAUUUGCUCUGCAUUAAUAUUAUUUACUAUGAAGAUCGUUUUAUGAAUCAUAAAUGACUUUGUAAACAUUAAUAGCUUAUUCUUUAUAACUAUUUUGAUGUUAGCUUCGUUGAAAUAAUGUUUUGUGGUCUAUAAUCUUUCAAAAAACACUCCAGUUAAUGCAUUAGUAGUUAACAAAUUUUGAUUUGUUUUACAUUUAAUGACUAAAGUGCAGUCGUCGCUAAUAAUAAUAAGAUGAUCCGGAUUUGACUGAUUUUCGUUCAAGAAUGAAUAACCAAGAUCGCCGCUAUAUGAAGAUGUUAAAACUGACUUUAGUUGCUAAAACAUCAGCUUUCAUAAUUUGUAAAUGGUACUACUGGAUUUCGCACAAUUCUUGUUAUAUUGAUUAUGGUUUACUUAAAAUAGGCGUCAGAGCCCAGAUGCUGUUCUAGAUCCACGAAAUUCUUAUCCUAUACACUACGUUAAUUUUUUAAAACUGUUUUUCUCAACUUUGGCAAUACUUAGUAACCAAUGCUAAAAAUUAUCCUUAUUCGUAGGUUCAACGUAAUCAAUAACACUCGAGGCUCUACCCAGCCUUAUGGUUGGGUGAAGUGGAGAACAACAAAUUUUUUAAAUGUUUUGGAGAAAGCAUUUCUGGAAGUUUUUAUCAAUAUUGGUCUUAGCUAAUCUUAAAUUUUAUUAGGAUAUUAGUAGGCCUUGUGGUUUUCCGGUUUAUCAACCUCUUUAGCUGUGACUGUUUGCAUUUUCCAAUUAGAUUUCGUCAUUUCGCAGAUAUCCAGCUGCUAAAUUAUCAAACAACAACUUGAUAAGAUGUUCCUGAUAUAAGUCCGGUAUUUAGUUUAUCAUUUUAACUAAAACUUUCUUAUUUUUGCCAUUGGUAAAAGACAUUUCCAUAGACGAGAGAAAGUUAUUUAAAAUGCCCCAAUAAAUCGUUAAUUUUAUUUCUCCUCAACAUGAAUUGAGUUGAUAGUAGCUUUUUGGUAUUGUCUAGUUUGACAAUACCAAAAAGAAUUUUUUUUAUUUUGACAAUACCAGUAACUUUAAAAAAAAAAAAAAGAUUUAAGAAUAAAAGAAGUAGUUAAAGGUUUGAGUUACAUUUGUUUGUUUGAUUUGUUAUUGUUGCUAAUAGGAAGUAGUGACGUAGCGAGGCUCAAUACUGGUUGGAAGCAUGUUGUUCUAAUUAUUUUUUAAAUGGUUUAAGGAAAAAGACUGAUAGAUUUGUUAAUGUUAUUGGCUUUUUUUAUGUGAAGUGCUAAGUUAAUGUAAAAAAAUUCUAGGAUAAAAGUAUCCAUAUCCAAUUUUUAAAGUU